UUCGGUUCUGACCUCUCCUCUCUUGUGUGACGAGGAAAGCUCCAACUUGAAUCGCUCGGAACCCAUCGGAACCCAUCCCAUAAUCGCUCAGCCUCAGUUGCACUUUUCCCAAUUCUGUGACUUUACCGUCGCGACUGAAUUGAAAUUUUAGUUUUCGGGACAAUAUGUUGGCGAGACAGCUUUUACGUGCUGGGAAUUUGAGGCACACAAGCCGCGUCUUUAGCUCUUCUCAGGUUACUCCACCAGCUCCAUCCCAAUCGCCCCUUGAAGCAGCAUACAAAAAGUAUGUGGUUGAUACAAAACCUUGGGAAAAGCCUGUAAUCCCCGUAAUGGUCACAGAGGGUCCUGAGCGAGAUGAAAAAAAUUUUCCCAGACCGACAAUCAAACCUCAUGCUGACCCUUGCAGAUUCUUAUUCAUCCCUGAAUCUUGGUUUGAUAUGCUCUACAAUAAACUUGGAGUAACUGGUCCCUACACUCUUGGUGGCGGUUAUAUUAUGUAUUUGUUCAGCAAAGAAAUUUGGGUUAUGGAUCACGAUCUGCCCUAUGUAGCUUGUCUCUUUACCGUCCUUGCCGGUACUUAUUACAAAUAUGGAGACUUAAUCGCCAGAUACUUUAUAGACAAUAUGGAAAGAGAGGAAAAUAUUAUGAAAAACUGGAAAUUGAAGAAUAUGCAAGCUCAUGAGGACAACAUAAAAAUGUUUGAGAAGGAAAUUUGGCGCUCAGAAUCUCAAAAAGAAAUAUUCGUGGCAAAGAAGGAAAAUGUUUUGAUGCAAUUAGAAGCAGAAUAUAGGAGACGUGCCAACGAAGUCUACCAACAAGUUAAAAGACGUUUGGACUACCAAUUACAAAUUCAAACCAUUGAUCGGCGUAUUGCUCACAAGCACAUGGUGAACUGGAUAAUUGAUAAUGUCAAAAAAUCAAUCACCCCUCAGCAAGAAAAAGAAUCUUUGAAGAAGUGCUUUGCAGAUCUCCAAUCUCUCGCUGCUAAAGCCUAAUCUUUUACUAAGCUGUAACUCAUGUUUAGCUAUCCAUAGGGUAUAAGCACCAGAAAUAAAGUCUCUCCUUAAUUUUACCUAUUCUUGUAAUCGGAUUCUAUUCUUAAGUUUUUAGUCCCUAAUUUUGAAUAUGUUCUUUGUUUCGAAAAAUAAAUUGUUAUAAUGAGUA